AUGGCCCCACGUCAGAAAAGGUCAGACGCAAGAAACACUAGGUAUCUCGCAAGGCCAAACAUCAGAAAGUCAUCGCAGCAGCUUUUAGUGCUGAAAGUACAAGGCCAAGGUAGUCACCCAUGCUUCGACCUGCCUCCUAUAACUGACCGUUCAUUAGUAGGGAAGCGGCCUCAACGCGUCAAGAAAGAACGACCACAGGAUCCUACUCGCAAGAGCGCACGCCUACAAAGGAGAUAUCGCACUGAAGACAGAACUGUAUUAUAUCACACCGGAAAUGCCAAACAAAAUCAUCCAAAUUCCCCUUCUACCAGCAACACACCCAGAAAAGAGUUUCCAGAGAAUCCGACCGCUUGUCUACUAGCCGGAGAUCGAGUACAGAAACGACCGCGAGAAGCUCAAGAGUCUUCCAGCAUUCCAGCUCAAAAGCGGCGACGAACAUUUCUUGCAAGCGACGCUGACGAUCCUACUCUUUGGGAAACCUCAAACCAGGUGAAAGAGCAGCGUGAUAUUACCAACUGGAAGAAGGUUGACCUGAUCAGAUGUUGGUGCAAGAACGAUCGCUGGCCUGAAGAAUAUUUUGAAGCACAGCCUGGACAGAUUGAAAACAUGAGCCACCUUCUUGCAAAGAAAAAGUCAACAGCUUCUCUUCGCCGCAAGAACUCAAAUUCAAGUCUUGCUACAGGCUCCAACACACCUUCUGAUCAAGAAUCAAGAGAUGGGAAGAGUGCCAAAUACAGAAGCGCUGCUUAUGAGACCGUCCUUGCCACCAGAGGCAGCUUUAUGGCUGAAUCUGAACUUGAAGUAACGGAAAAAAGCAAACAGAUCUGUAAAACGCUACUUGACGAGAAACAGAUGACUCCCGAAGGCACGAUAUUUCAGAACGACCGGUUCCGGAAGGCUUGCCAGAAGCUACAGAGUAAAAACGAAUCAAGAAUUAUUCAAGAUAUAUCUCGGUUGAUUGUCCCUGCGGCGGAGACAUUAGCUACAUGUGGCGCUAAGACUCUGGAGUGUUUGGUUGAAAGCGUCAAUGAACAGUGGGGUUCCUCCAUUGUCUUCUGUGGACCACGUCCGCAGCCUGAUUAUGCGGUUGGGUUCAGCCGUUCUGCGUUCACAGAAGACCAGCUAAAGAAGUUUGAACCGUUCCUCGGUUACAAUCUGGAUACCUACAGCUCCUUCUUCCUAGCCACCUUCUACAUGUACUUUCCCUUCUUGACCAGUGAGGUGAAGGGUACAGCUGCACUUGACAUUGCUGACCGCCAGAACGCACACAGCAUGACCCUCGCUGUGAGGGGCGUCGUUGAGCUGUUUAAACUUGUGGGACACGAAGAGGAGGUCAAUCGCGAGAUCUUGGCUUUCUCGAUCUCACAUGACAACAGGACAGUGAGAAUCUACGGCCACUAUGCAGUCAUUGAGGGAAGCAAGACUUCCUUCUACCGUCACCCCAUCAGAACGUUUGAUUUUACGGAGCUGGACGGCAGAGAGAAGUGGACUGCUUACACGUUUACGAGGAAUGUUUAUGAGAAGUGGGCGCCAGAUCAUCUCAAAAGGAUCCACACAGCUCUUGAUGGAAUCCCUCCUGGAGUAAAUUUUGAUGUUUCGCAGUCAGAACUUGGAUUCUCUCAAUCAAACACCCCAUGCUUUUUGGAGGAUGACGGCCAACUAAGUCAGACGAGCGUUGUAGCCUCAGCAGAAGCUACACCCAAUACUUCCUUCACCCAGCAGACACAGGUCUUGAAGCGGCCAAGGAGGCAGAAAUAG